AUGUACACCACUCCAUCAUCACCAUCCUACAGAGUGGCGCCGGUACCUGGUUCAUUCCGCCACAGUUUCCUUGAAAAAGGCAGAGAAAGACUCCUCGCUAAAAAGGAUUAUCCCGGCAACGAUUUCUCCUUCAAUGAACCCCUCCAACAACCCUUUUACAAACGUGCUUUCGAUCUCGACGCACUUUCUCAACGCUUCGCCAACAUUCGCAAUGACUCGCUUGAGUUCUUCCACAAACUCCACCAUAUGGGCCGCAGUGAUCCACGCAAAGUCAUCUUCGCUAUGAAGGCUGCAUUAUCCUUGGCUAUUGUUUCACUUUUCAUUUACAUUAAAGAACAACAAGUUAACAAGUACUCUAUUUGGGCUAUUCUCACAGUUGUCGUUGUUUUUGAAUUCAGCAUAGGUGCAACCCUUAACAAAGGUUUCAAUCGUGGUUUGGGAACAAUUUCAGCUGGAGUACUUGCUUUGGGGAUUGCGCGAUUAUCCGUUUGGAUUGGUGGUGCUUUUGAUGAACUUCUUAUUAUAGUAGCUAUUUUUAUUGCAGGGUUUUGUGCAACUUUUUUGAAGAUGUAUCCUGCAAUGAAGCCUUAUGAAUACGGGUUUCGCGUAUUUUUGCUAACGUUUUGUAUUGUGUUGGUGUCUGGGAGACAUGGAAUGCAGUUUUUCACCACUGCUUUUUAUAGAUUGGUUCUUAUUGGUGUCGGUGCUGGUGUGAGUUUGUCUGUGAAUAUUUGUAUUUAUCCCAUUUGGUCUGGUGAGGAUCUCCACAAACUGGUUGUGAAAAAUUUCCACGGAGUUGCAACGUCUUUAGAAGGUUGUGUAAAUGGAUAUCUACAAUGUGUUGAAUAUGAGAGAGUACCAUCUAAGAUUCUUGUAUAUCAAGCCUCUGAUGACCCUCUAUAUGACGGUUAUAGAACUGCAGUGCAAUCUUCAAGCCAAGAAGAGACUUUGGUAGAUUUUGCAUUAUGGGAGCCACCUCAUGGUCCAUACAAGAUGUUCAAUUAUCCUUGGAGAAGUUAUGCCAAACUUAGUGGAGCAUUGAGGCAUUGUGCUUUCAUGGUCAUGGCAAUGCAUGGAUGCAUACUUUCUGAAAUACAGGCACCUCCAGAAAAGAGGUCGGUAUUCUUUCAAGAACUUCAGAAGGUAGGCAUUGAAGGAGCAAAAGUAUUGCGACAACUAGGAAGCAAAGUCGAAAAGAUGGAAAAACUAAGCACAAGGGACAUUCUGAUAGAAGUCCACGAGGCCGCCGAGCUAUUGCAGAUGAAGAUUGAUAGUCAUUCAUUCCUCCUAGUCAAUUCAGAGAAUUGGGAAGCUGUAAGACAACACCAGUCCAAAGAAAAUGAACGAUCCCGCAACUCGACUAACGAGAAUACUAAGCAGUCAGUGAUCAACGAGGCGGGGGAGGAUUCACAGCUUAACAUAAGCAUACAACAUUCGAUGUCGGAAUUGAGUUUCGCGCAGUCUAUGAACAAGAGCUUAGUAUCAUGGCCUCAUCUCUCUUUUUGCAAUGAUGCCAUAGUGAAUGAAGCAGAAUCUAAAGUAUAUGAAAGUGCUAGCACAUUGUCUUUGGCUACAUUUGCUUCACUUUUGAUAGAGUUUGUUGCAAGACUUCAAAAUCUUGUGGAUGAGUUUCAAGAUCUUAGUGAGAAGGCUAAUUUUAAAGACCCUUUUGACCAACCUAUUUUGAAGUGA